AUGUAUGCACACCGCUUCCUUAAUCCUGUCAACACAGACACGCUCGACAUACCCUCUCCCACAUUUCAUGGUCCCCUCCUCAAGACCUCACCUACCCCCAAGAAAGACACCACAGCCAAAACAGUGAUCAACCUCUCUGGACAGACCCUCUCCACAGCUGAAACUGACGUCCUCUCCCUUGGACUGAAGUUCGUCCCGACACCCACCUCAGAUCCUACCCCCGACCUGGCUCCCCUCAUACAGAAUAUCACUAAACAACUAGGAGAAGGCAUGGAAGCCUCAGCCACAUAUCAGGUCACCUCUGUAUUAUCUAAAUUUGACAAUAAACGUGACAUGACCACCGACAAUUUGACUCCACAACAACGUAGUUACACCCUCUUAACGAAAGACCCCACUCAAUCCGUUACCACUAAACUACAGAAAGUCCUCAAGAAACUACACACCGACAAGAAGAUCACGACCGACCUAUACCACAAGAUGCGCAAUCUACAUCCUAGAUCCCAGAACCCCUCUCGUCUUCCCUCCAAUGUCACCACCACCACCAUAGGCUCCCUUAUCAACUUUUGCCUUGACAACUCAUACCUUGAAUUCAACGGCUCCUUCUACUCCCAAGACGAAGGUGGUACAAUGGGAUCCCCCCUCAUUGUUGAACUAGCUGAAAUCCGCCUUGCUGAAAUCGAGACCUUAGCUUUAUCCUCAUGUCCUGACCCUCCGAACACUUACUCCCAUUUCGUUGACGACGGCCUUGGAUCUUUCAGAGACAGAAACCACGCAGAAUCCUUCCUUACAUUCCUUAACUCCCUUACUGAAGACCUCAACUUUACCCAAGAACAUCCCUCUACAGACGGAACUAUACCCUUCCUUGACGUUCUCAUCCACCCUGACAAAUCCACAUCAGUCUACAGAAAACCCACCCACACCAACCUCUACACCAAGUACUCCUCCUGCACCACCAACUCAUCUAAGAACGCAGUCAUCCGAUCACUGACCAGAAGAGCCCACAACAUCUGCUCACCCCAACACCUUGACGACGAACUCCAGACAGUACGACACGUUUGCCUCCAGAACGGCUUCCCUCCUCACCGCAUCACCACCAUCAUGGACGAAGUACAACGGAAAUUCACCAACCCCUCUCGCCACCAAUCCCUAGCCUCAUUCAACCGACAGACCCGUGAACAUGCCCUUAGUGUUUCUCUUCCUUUCCAUCCCUCCCUAUCCAAACCCAUCUCCAAGAUACUCGGACAACACGACAUCAAAGUCACUCACUCCUCUGCUACCUCCCUCCGCAACCUCCUCACCAAAACGAAGACCACACCCCCUACUCACCUCACCCCCAACACCAUCUACGAAAUUUCCUGCUCACAGUGCCCCUCCAAAUACGCCGGACAGACCUACAGACCCUUGGUCCACCGCAUGAAAGAACACGAACGAUGUUACAGACUCAACAACGCCAUCGACGAAUCCACAGACAGAAUCAAAUCAGCCCCUGCACAUCAUGCCCUGACCACCGGCCACACCAUCUCCUGGAACAACAUCGAAGUCCUCAAAUCCCUCACCUCACGCUCCCAACUAGACCUCACAGAACACGCAGCUAUACAAAUACGACAACCAGCUAUGAACAGAACAGACCGCGCACCCAAAUGCACCGGCGGCAGACAUCCCAACACCAGUGCGUUGGGACAUAGUGUAGCUCAGCGGCAGCAUGAGCCCUGGUUUCCUGCCACAUUGAUACCUCUGAAAGUACAGAAAGGUGGUGGAUUUCGGGGUCCAGGAUCCUCCCUCUUUAUCCUUUAA